AUGAUUGUUCCUGUUAGAUGUUUCUCGUGCGGCAAAGUUGUUGGUGACAAGUGGGAGAGUUACCUAACCAUGUUGCAAGAGGAUGAGUUGGAUGAAGGUACAGCUCUAACAAAGUUGGGUUUGAAAAGAUACUGCUGUAGAAGAAUGAUCCUCACACACGUUGACCUGAUUGAGAAGUUUUUGAGAUACAACCCAUUGGAAAGAAGGGAUUGA